GACAGACAACAGGAGAGAUAGGACAAGCCAGACAACCCACAUCACCUCCCACCUUCUUUACUAAUGCAUCUUCUAAUAGGUCAACUGUGAAACACUCCUUACACUCCUAUUUUACUGAAAUUUAAGAAUCUGACUCUUCUGUUGUUUAAUCGUGCUCAGGAAUCAUGAUGCGUUUUGCAGCCCUCGUCAUUUUUAUAAAUAUUGUGAGUCUAUCAGAGGCCCAGCAUGAGCCGGGAUAUUGUGUUUUUUAUGAUGAGUGUGGUCGUAACCCGCUGCUAAAUAACACCCUCAUUGAUCCCAUCGUCCCAUGUCUGAAUUACACCCGUGCCAAACUCGUCACUGGAAACCACUACAAGAUACUCAAACAGGUGUGCCCUAUGUUUGAUCAGGGAGAGAGCAGCACAUAUGCUUGUUGUACGAUCAAACAGCUGGGAUCACUGGAAAAGAGCCUGACCCUGUCCAAGGCUGUUCUUGUCCGCUGCCCUUCCUGUGCUUACAACUUUGCUCACCUGCACUGCAUCAACACCUGCAGUCCUAACCAGAGCCAAACAGUUAAGGUCACAAGGGUGAUGAAUGUCACUGAGCAGAAUAAGACGAGGGAGGCCGUGUUGGGUUACCAGGCAUUCAUCGGCAAGACUUUUGCAGAUACCUCCUUCCAGUCAUGUAAAAAUGUCAGGAUUCCUGCCACGAUUGGAGGCUAUGCCAUUGCCACCAUGUGUGGUCGCUAUGGAGCAAAGCUGUGCACUCCCCAGCGCUGGUACGAUUUCCAAGGGGACUCGAGUAACGGUUUGGCUCCUCUGGACAUCGACUUUAAAAUAAUACAAGAAGGAGACACCACAGGGUUGCCAGAAGGUGUGAUUCCCUACAACGGGGUCGCUCUGAUGUGUAAUGAGACCACACCUACAGGAGGGGACGUUUGCUCCUGCCAGGACUGCCAAGAAUCGUGUCCAAGUGUGCUACCUCCUCCACCGGUCGCUGGCCCCUUUACACUGCUGGGCACCAAUGGUUACCUUGUAAUUUCUAUCAUCUUGCUCAUUCUCCUGAUACUUUCCUUUGUCCUAUACCUCUCUGUCUCCUGGUGGGUGGCAUCUCAAAACAAUAAAAAGAAAGGAAUACACAGAGGUAAAGGCAAAGACAAGGACAGUGAUAAAGUGACUGAGAAGAUCAUCCAUCCCUCAGAGGUGACAUGUGCUGAGACAAACAGCUUGGCUGCUCAGGCUUACCUGAGCUCACAGUUCCGGAUUUGGGGAACCAUCAUGGCCUCUUAUCCCCUCACUGUCCUCCUCCUGUCUCUUAUUGUCGUGGCUGUUUUAUCUGUUGGCCUCAAAGACAUCAAACUCACCACCGAUCCAGUUGAACUUUGGUCUGCCCCUAGCAGCCGGGCUCGCCAAGAGAAAGAAUUCCACGACACGUACUUUGAUCCCUUCUACAGGACAAAUCAAGUGAUCUUGACAGCACCAGGCAGAAAAAGCCACAUUUAUGACUCGUUGCUGUUUGGACCGCAAAACUUUAGUGGGAUAAUGUCCAAAGAGCUCAUUAUUGAGCUGCUGGAACUCCAGACACGAAUACAGAAUAUUCAGUUUUGGUCAGAUGAUCUGAACCGGACAGCAAGUUUGAAGGAUGUGUGCUUUGCGCCGCUAAAUCCCAACAACCCUUCCUUGACUGACUGUGCAGUCAACAGCUUGCCACAGUACUUCCAGAACAGCCUAGACCACAUUAACGCUAAAGUGAACAUGACUGAGCUGGGAGUGACCAAAGAGGUGGACUGGAGAGACCACCUCAUCUACUGCCUUGGCUCUCCUUUGUCCUUCAAAGACAUCACAGAUUUAGGUAUGAGCUGCAUGGCUGACUAUGGAGCUCCAGUCUUCCCAUUCCUGGCUGUGGGAGGAUAUGAGGAUGAUGCAUUCAGCAGUGCUGAGGCCUUCAUCAUGACCUUCUCCCUGAACAACUAUGCUCGCAGUGACCCUAAAUUCAAAGUGGCUAUGCAAUGGGAGAAAAAUUUUCUUAAAAUUGUCCAAGAAUACCAGAAAGACCCGAAAAACAGCUUCACUUUUGCAUACAUGGCAGAGAGAUCUCUGGAGGACGAGAUCAAUCGAACAACUGCAGAAGAUAUCCCCAUCUUCAUGAUCAGCUAUGCUGUAAUAUUCGUUUACAUCGCUGUGGCACUUGGAGAGCACUCUUCAUGGAAACGCUUACUGGUGGACUCUAAGUUUCUGGUUGGUUUGGGUGGGAUCCUGGUGGUCGGCUGCUCUGUCCUGGCCUCAAUGGGUUUUUAUUCCUGGAUUGGCAUACCCUCCUCACUGGUCAUCCUUCAGGUCGUUCCCUUCCUGGUGCUCGCCGUGGGAGCUGACAACAUCUUCAUCUUUGUUCUGGAGUACCAGAGAGAUGCGCGGAGGCCUCACGAGACGCGAGAGGAGCAGAUCGGGCGUGUCCUUGGAAACGUGGCUCCCAGCAUGCUCCUGUGCAGUCUUUCUGAGUCUGUCUGCUUCUUCCUAGGGGCCCUGUCCACUAUGCCAGCAGUGAAGUCCUUUGCUCUAUAUGCUGCUCUGGCUGUGCUCAUGGACUUUGCCCUCCAGAUGACAGCUUUUGUUGCGCUGUUGUCCCUGGAUGCCCGGCGCCAAGACAACAACCGCUGUGAACUUCUCUGUUGCAUUAAAGUGUCAAAACAGCGUCCAAAGAAGCCAAAUAAGGGUUUUCUGAUGCCAUUCAUGAAGAAAUACUAUGCCCCUGUUCUACUGCACCGCUACACCAGGAUCACAGUGAUAGUAGUUUUCAUCUUUAUGUUCUGUGGAGCCUUAUUCCUCAUGAUGAAUGUGAAAGUGGGUUUGGAUCAGGAGCUGGCUAUGCCUCAGGACUCGUACAUGCUGACCUAUUUCCAGUACCUGUACAAGUACUUUGAAGUUGGCGUUCCUGUUUAUUUUGUAACAAAAAAGGGGUUCAACUUCACCUCUGUGGAGGGCAUGAAUGCAGUCUGCUCCAGCGUGGGUUGUAAUCAGUUCUCGCUGACUCAGAAGAUCCAGUACGCCACAAACUACCCUGAACAAUCCUAUGUGGCUAUCCCUGCGAACUCGUGGGUGGAUGAUUUCAUUGACUGGUUGAACCCCCAAUCCAAAUGUUGUCGUCUGUACACCAGCGGUCCCAAUGCAGGACAUUUCUGUCCUGCAAAUGAAUCUGGUUUUAUCUGUGCUAAAAGGUGUCUGGCACGUCCUGUUAAUGAUACGGUGAGGCCCACUGUGGCACAAUUCAACCGCUACCUUCCUGACUUUCUGACUAACAGGCCUGACCUGCAGUGCUCCAAAGGCGGUCUAGGAGCGUAUGACAAAGCAGUGGUAAGAGAUGAAAGUGGGGAAAUAAUAGCCUCUCGGUUCAUGGCUUACCACACGCCUCUGACCAACUCCCAGGAGUUCACCGCUGCCCUGAAGAUGGCCAGGGAGCUCGCUGACAAGAUCACCAAAGGCAUGAGGCUCGUGCCAGGCACCUCGCCUGACUUUGAAGUGUUCCCUUACACGAUAACCUACGUAUUUUAUGAGCAGUACCUGACUAUUGUGAAUGAGGGACUCUUCAACAUCUCCUUGUGUCUGCUGCCGACCUUCGUGGUCUGCUGUCUGCUGCUCGGCUUGGAUCUGCGCUCCGGCCUGCUCAAUUUGCUCACCAUUGUCAUGAUCGUUGUGGAUACAGUCGGUGUCAUGACACUGUGGAGCAUCGACUAUAACGCAGUGGCUCUCAUCAAUCUGGUCACGGCGGUGGGCAUCUCUGUUGAGUUUGUGUCGCAUAUGACGAGAUCGUUUGCACUCAGCACCAAGCCCACACGUGUGGAAAGAGCAAUCGAGGCUACGGCCAAAAUGGGCAGCGCAGUGUUUGCUGGUGUUGCUAUGACUAACCUGCCAGGCAUCAUCGUGCUGGCGUUUGCUAAAGCGCAGCUCAUCCAGAUUUUCUUCUUCCGGUUGAACCUCGUCAUUACACUCCUGGGAAUGGCUCACGGACUUAUAUUCCUCCCAGUGGUGCUCAGUUAUUUCGGUCCCGGUGUAAAUAAAGCGGUGCUGCUCCAGUUCCAGCAGGAAAAAGAAAAGGACAGGGAAAAGGCGGAGACGAACAGCCACAUGAGACAAGUUUAUGAUAACAUCAGCUACGUAGGCAAUGAAAUAAAACAGGACCUGUACUCAAACUCUGUGGAUGAAAGUGGUUCAAAAACGGUGGGGAAAACUGACAGGUUGUGAGCACAAAAAACAAAAUCAGUUUUGAGGUAAAUUACUGUAGCAUACAGAGUCACGAUGGACACAGAAAAUGACAUUUUGGCCCCAUGUGGAAAUUUUUAGCCUGCUUGUGUAUCUCUGUCCAUAAUGGAAGGUAGGACCUACACAGGUGUGCAAUAUUUUUGGAGCAAUGCAACAAUGGACUAAUGCAAUGAGGUUCAGGCUUCCUGAAUCAACGUAUAGGAAGCGUAUUUGAUAGAGGCUUAAACAAAGAAUCACGAGUUAAGUCAUUUUGUAUUUUUUUUUGUUCAACACUUCACAGUAGAAGUGACUGAUUCAAAUGAACACACACUCCACAGCUAUUGCAGGAAAUGUGCAAUCAGUAAUAAAAUAUCAACUACAUUCAUUAUGUGAAUGAAUAAUCCACUGAAAACAUUAUAGUUUUCCAUGAUUAUAAAUUGAAACUGUAAUGGUUUCGCAGAAAUGUGUAUUUUUGUUGUGAUAUGUAUUUAAUAUAUUAUUUCAUCAUACACAAACACUUUUCUUUAUCUCAGUGCGGCUGCCACUGUAUGACUUCCAGGACUCACA